GCAGCCGGAGCAGCGAGUCCCGCGGGUCCCAGGCGCGGGUCCGAGCCCGAGUCCGAGCCCAAGUCCGAGCCCAGCUCCCAGCCCGGGUCCGAGCCUGGGUCCGAGCCCGGGUCCGAGCGGCGUUGCCAUGAGGGGGCCCACGCGCUGAGCGAUGCGGGGCCCUGGGGUGCUGGGGGCGCUGGGGGCGCUGGCGCUGGGGGCGCAGGGGGCGCGGGCUGUGGAGGAGCAGCCGGGGGGCGCCCAUGGCGGGGGCCACGGCUUCCAGGUGGUCACCUUCAAAUGGCACCAUGUCCAGGACCCUUACAUCAUUGCGCUCUGGAUCCUCGUGGCCAGCGUGGCCAAGAUCGGCUUCCACCUGUCCCGCCGUGUCACCAGCGUGGUCCCCGAGAGCGCCCUGCUCAUCGUGCUGGGCCUGGUGCUGGGCGGCAUCGUGUGGGCGGCCGACCACAUCGCCUCCUUCUCCCUGACACCCACGGUCUUCUUCUUCUACCUGCUGCCGCCCAUCGUGCUGGACGCCGGCUACUUCAUGCCCAACCGCCUCUUCUUUGGGAACCUGGGAUCCAUCCUGCUUUACGCUGUGGUGGGCACCGUGUGGAACGCUGCCACCACUGGCCUGUCCCUUUACGGCGUGUUCCUCAGCGGGCUGAUGGGUGACUUGAACACGGGGCUGCUGGACUUCCUGCUGUUUGGGAGUCUGAUUGCGGCGGUGGACCCUGUGGCCGUGCUGGCUGUAUUCGAGGAGGUUCACGUGAACGAGGUUCUGUUCAUCAUCGUCUUUGGAGAAUCACUGCUCAACGACGCUGUCACCGUGGUCCUGUACAAUGUGUUUGAGUCCUUCGUGACGCUGGGAGGUGACAACGUGACCGGUGUGGACUGUGUGAAGGGCAUAGUGUCCUUCUUCGUGGUGAGCCUGGGGGGCGCGCUGGUCGGCGUGGCCUUUGCCUUCCUGCUGUCGCUGGUCACCCGCUUCACCAAGCACGUGCGCACCAUCGAGCCCGGCUUCGUCUUUGUGCUGUCCUACCUGUCCUACCUCACCUCCGAGAUGCUGUCCUUGUCGGCCAUCCUGGCCAUCACCUUCUGUGGCAUCUGCUGCCAGAAAUACGUGAAAGCCAACAUCUCAGAGCAGUCGGCCACCACUGUGCGCUACACCAUGAAGAUGCUGGCCAGCGGCGCGGAGACCAUCAUCUUCAUGUUCCUGGGCAUCUCGGCAGUGGACCCACUCAUCUGGAAGUGGAACACGGCUUUCGUGCUACUCACCCUGGUCUUCAUCUCUGUGUACCGAGCCCUGGGCGUGGUCCUGCAGACCUGGGUGCUGAACCGCUACCGGAUGGUGGCCCUGGAGCCCAUCGACCAGGUGGUCAUGUCCUAUGGCGGCCUGCGGGGGGCCGUGGCCUUCGCCUUGGUGGUGCUGCUGGACGAGAAUAAGGUCAAGGAGAAGAACCUGUUUGUCAGCACCACAAUCAUCGUCAUCUACUUCACUGUCAUCUUUCAGGGCCUGACCAUCAAGCCACUGGUACAGUGGCUGAAGGUGAAGCGGAGUGAACACAGGGAGCCCAAGCUCAAUGAGAAGCUGCAUGGCCGGGCAUUUGACCACAUCCUCUCAGCCAUUGAGGACAUCUCGGGGCAGAUUGGACAUAACUACCUCAGGGACAAGUGGUCCAACUUCGACAGGAGGUUCCUCAGCAAGGUCCUCAUGAGACGGUCAGCGCAGAAGUCUAGGGACCGGAUUCUGAAUGUCUUCCAUGAACUGAACCUGAAGGAUGCCAUCAGCUACGUGGCUGAGGGUGAGCGCCGUGGCUCCCUGGCCUUCAUCCGCUCCCCCAGCACGGACAACAUGGUGAAUGUGGACUUCAGUACCCCGCGGCCGUCCACUGUGGAGGCCUCUGUCUCCUACUUGCUGAGGGAGAACAUGAGCGCCGUGCGCCUGGACAUGCAGUCCCUGGAGCAGCGACGUCACAGCAUCCGGGACAUGGAGGACAUGGUGACCCACCACACCCUGCAGCAGUACCUGUACAAGCCUCGGCAGGAGUACAAGCACCUGUACAGCCGGCACGAGCUGACACCGAAUGAGGACGAGCGGCAGGACCGCGAGGUGUUCCAGCGCACGAUGCGGAAGCGCCUGGACUCCUUCAAGUCCGCCAAGCUGGGCCUGGGCCACGGCGCCACCCGGCUGCACCGGCGGGAGCGCGCGCGCAGGAGGAACAGCAGCAUCCCCAACGGGAAGCUGCCCCUGGAGAGGCCACCCAGCUUCACCAUCCCGGAGAAAGCCCUGGAGCUCCUGGAGCCAGAGGAGGCCGCAGAUGACGAUGCCGUGAGUGGGGGCAUCGAGUUCCUGGCCGCCGUCACGCAGGACACAGCCACGGAGUCACCCGCAGGCUGUGACAACCCCGGUUUCGAGCCCGAGGAGCCCGGCUUCCUGUCCCGGGUGCCUCCCUGGCUGAGCCCCGGGGAGACGGUGGUGCCCUCUCAGAGGGCACGGCUGCAGAUCCCCUGCUCCCCGGGAAACGUCCACCGCCUGGCCCCCUUCCGCCUGAGCACCAGGUCCACCGACUCCUUCCAGCCGGACGACAGCACCCAGGGCCAGGCCCCUGCCCGGCCUGAGGCCACCCACAUAGCAGCCCCUGGGGCAGAAGCCACCCAGGUGAUACUGGAUCGGAUGCGCCUCUGACCAGACCCCCAGCAGUCGUGCCCGCGCUGCCCUCCAGGCUCCCGCGUGCCCCGCCCGGCCCCGGGAUAGCCCCGCCCACUGCGGAUCAGGCCCCGCCCAGCCAACCGACCGAGCCUGAGGUGGGGGCGGGGCCCGAGCGGCGGGGUCUGCCGGGCGCGCAUGCGCGGUCUGCAGCGGCGCGGCGCGUGCACAGCCGGCGCUCGUUCCAGCGGCCCCGCGCGCGCCCCCGGCUGCUCAAGCUCGCAUCCCUGCAGCCGAACCCUGUGCACGCGCUGGAGCAGGAGGAGACGCCACUGUGACCCCCGACCCCAGCUGCCCGGCUGCGUCUGGGACCAGGGUCACCAGCACACCAGGUUGGGGACCCGACUUCCUGAUGCCAGCCGAGGGCUGGACAUCCAGGGCCCUGCAUGGCACAUCCGUGCUCGCCUUUGGACUGCCAGGCCCACCCGAGUGCCACCCCCCCCCUCCCCGGGACUCAGACCCUGCCGACUGCCCACCCAGGGACGGCCUCCAUGGACCCAAGGACGGAUGGCAGGGGACCUCCUGGCCCUAAUGCCAGGUCCCGAGCUGCCAGGCUGGGUGGCUGGGGCAAGGCCACUAGGCUGCAGUCAUGGCCUGUCCUGCAGUAGCACCUGGGGGUUGUCGGAGACACAGCCCAGCAGUGGCCACCCGACACCUCGCCUGGGCACAGCACAGGGGCGCCUAGCAGGUAGUCAGGUCCAGGAGGUGGAUGUGGCAUCCUCUCUCAGCAGGGAGUGGGAAGCAGCCCCCUCACCAUGGACGCCUGCGGCCACAGGCUUGUCCCCGGCCAGCCCUCCCUGCUGAUGGGACACCCAGCUCAGGGUGCUGGCAGAGGUGGUGAGGGCCCACAGGCCCUGCUUUCCUGCCAAACGGAAUGUAAAAGUCUCAUGAAUGUAUUUCCCUGUGGAGACUUGUAAAUUUUUUAUUGGAAGAGAUUUCUAUUUAUUUACACUACUGAGGCUGGGAGGCUGUGGGGGAGAAGCUGUGGGGCUGGGGAGACCGCGUGAGGCGGGAGCCCUGGCACGGCCUGGUGACAGUGGUCUGUUCGUUUUGUACUUCACCUGUCACCUCUGUGGCCAAACUACAGAACAAUGUGCCUUAAGUGCCGCUGGCCGUGGGGGCCGGGGAUGCCUGGCUGCCCGUCCAUUAAAGACAUUCCAAGGCC